ACGACUGUAUGCGAACGCAGCCGCGUUGCGAACGAAACGAAACCUUCGGAACACACGUGUGCAGCGCGAUUUUCAGCGAUUGUCAUGUGAGAGCCACGCGGGACCUUUACGGAUUUAUUAUUUACGGGAACGUUUAUGUGCCGUUUGUGCAUGUAUUGCUGCAUGUCGUUCCCUAAGGCAACUGAAAAGACUGAAAACCGGUGUCUCUUUUACGAGGUACAACGUGAUUGUCCGCAGUAAUGACCAGCGGUUCGCCGGCACUGUACGCUAUUACUGAGAAAUGUUCUAAGGUCCGGAGUCGAAUUAAUGACUCUAAUCGAAGGGUCAAUGUACACUACUAGUCCAUCGUUGAUUCCGGAUCGGUCGCCUUUGUGACCUGUAUGCGGAUGCGGUCAUGUCGCAGGACGAAGCUUCGUGAUAAUGAGUCCUUUUGGUGAAGAUGCUGUCCGAAAAUCGGCAGCAACCAUCCUGUUGCUCCUCAUGUUUUUUUCAAUGGAUUUUCCUAUUGGAACAACUUUGGAAUUAGGACUCUGCGGAGCUCCCCUCGGCAUGGAAUCCGGAGCCCUAAAGGACUCUGCCAUAACAGCUAGUUCUGCCUACGAUUCUGGAAGCGUUGGACCCCAACACGGCAGGUUAAGGAACGAUAAAAACGGCGGUGCAUGGUGUCCUCGACAUAUGGUUUCAAGAGACGCCAAAGAAUACUUAGAAAUCAACUUAGAGGAGCUUCACGUGGUAACAGGAGGAAGAACACAGGGUCGAUUCGGAAAUGGUCAAGGACAAGAAUACGCUGAGGAGUAUAUGUUGGAUUAUUGGAGACCGGGAUUUUCAAAAUGGGUUCGAUGGAAAAAUAGGGAAGGCAAAGAGUUGCUUUCUGGGAACACCAACACCUACACAGUGGUUGAUCAGAAGCUGGAACCUCCGAUCAUAGCCACCAAAGUGCGUUUCCUGCCGUAUAGCGACCAUGUCCGGACCGUUUGCAUGCGGAUCGAAAUAAUGGGAUGCAAAUUUGCAGAUGGGCUCUUGAGUUACUCCGGACCUCAGGGAUCUAAACGCGGUCCCGAAAUGGACCUUUCCGAUCAAACGUACGACGGACGUGAAGAGGGAGGAUAUUUGUCACAUGGAAUUGGUCAGUUAGUUGACGGACAAAAAGGACAAGACAAUUUUCGAUUAGAUAUUUCAGGGCAUGGAAAAGGUUACGAAUGGGUGGGUUGGAGAAAUGAUACUCCAGGUUGGGUUGGACAUCCGUUGGAGUUAAUCUUCGAGUUUGACAAAGUGCGCAACUUUUCAGCCGCCCAUCUACACACGAAUAAUUUAUACACAAAGGACGUGCAGGUAUUUUCGAGAGCGAAAACUUACUUUAGCAUCGGAGGAAACCUCUUCAGCGGCGAACCGGUCCACUUCUCUUACAUGCCCGACUUGGUCCUCGAACAUGCCCGCAACGUGACUAUCAAGCUGCACAAUCGCAUCGGACGUUUUCUGAAGCUUCAGUUGUACUUUGGAUCGCGUUGGAUUCUACUCAGCGAAGUUUCUUUUGAUUCCGUUCCAGUAAACGGAAACUACACGGACGGGGAAGAGGAUGUCGUCAUGCCGGAAGCGGGGAAAGAAUAUCCGUUACAAAGGGACGAAGUGAAAACGGCUGUUAUUAAAGCGAACCAGAGUUUGGUAGCGUCGCCGCCGGGCGUUAAGGGGGUCUCCACCGUCACCACUACCGAACCCAAGCACUACAUCGGCUUCGUUAUUGGCAUUCUGACGGUUGUCAUACUCGUUCUUGUUGCCGCAAUCGUCUUCAUUGCAUUCCGGAACCAGAGACUUAAAGCUGCCUCUCCCGGCAACUCCACCAUUCCAGAAACAGAACAACGAUUUGACGAAGAUCUUAAAAUGACUAUGGAAGAAUGUGAUAAAUCAUCGUUAUACCAAGAAUCAGCACGGCCAAUAAUUUACCCCCGUCAAGGUCACCUCCGUAGUCCCGACUAUGCAGAGGUUCCAGAUGUUAUCUGCCAAGAAUACGCUGUUCCAUCGUCGAAGUAUACCCAAAGCACCCUUUCAACCAAUACACAACCCUUACUCAACUUCCUUCCCCAACCACCACCGAUCCCACCACCUCCGGAACGUUACUACCCCACUAAUGACAUAUGUGGUCGAUUACCUAUGAUGCCCUCGCCGCCCAUUUCACCUCUAACCCUUAGGUCAAAGGUCGGCAGGUUUAUGCUACCCAUAAGCCCGGAUCCGGACUGCGACGAGGACGUCGAGGUGACCGUUGAAAGGUUCCCGCGUGAACGAUUGAGGAUAAUCGAAAAACUGGGCGAGGGACAGUUUGGGGAUGUUCAUUUAUGCGAAAGUCAGGAUAACGGUCAAUUGGUGGUUGUUAAUACGAUAAGGUCGGAUGGAUAUAGAGAGGAAUUCGUUGGGGAGGUGAAACGUCUUGCUAAAUUGGAUGACGCGAAUGUAGCAAAACUCUUGGGAGCUUGUUUGGAUGGGGAAUGUAUUUAUGCCGUACGAGAAUAUGCUGAAAUGGGUGAUUUGUGUCAAUUUUUACAAGAACACGUCGCUGAAACUACCACACCGUUAACAUCCACAGCAAAUACACUGAGCUACGGUUGCCUUAUUUACAUGGCCACGCAGAUAGCGUCCGGGAUGAAGUACCUAGAGUGCAUGAAGUUCGUUCACAAGGACGUGGCAGCAAGGAACUGCUUGGUUGGGAGACGUUACUCGAUCAAGAUAUCUGAUUUGGGCACCUAUCGAGAUUUAUACUCCUCCGACUAUUGUCAAUUUGUGGGUCCAUUCCCAUUACCGAUAAGGUGGAUGGCUUGGGAAAGUGUGUUAUUGAGUAAGUUUACAACCAAGAGUGACGUGUGGUCUUUUGCGGUUACCUUAUGGGAGACGCUGACGUUUGCACGGGAACAACCUUUCGAAGAACUCAGCGAUGAUAAAGUUAUAGAAAAUGUGACACAUUUCUAUCAGGAUGACGGUAAAUAUAUGUUUUUGAGCGCUCCAAUCAACUGUCCCAAGGAAAUCUACGAUCUGAUGUGCGAGUGUUGGCAAAGAAACGAGUCAGACAGACCCAGUUUCCGCGAAAUCAAUCUCUUCCUUCAGCGAAAGAAUCUGGGGUACACGCCGGACCUUCACUGACGGGACUAAAGCCCCGGCACAGGCGUUGCGACGCCCGAUGACAAUAAGGGAAAGACGGCAGAUAUGGUUCUUUAUGGCGGAGUUAAAGUGUCGACCCUUUUCCGUUUGUUUUCUGGGUAUAAAACCGAGAAAAACUCGUAAAAAAGCGGAGAAAAACAGGGCAGGUGUACAAAUUUGACUUUGAUGUAUAAAAAAAUCAUAAAAAAAGACGGAAUGAUUACUGACAAAUUGUGAUUUAAUUAAAGAUAAAUUUUAAAACGAAGUAUUCCCAAAAUGAUUAUAAAUAUUAAAUAAAUUUAUAUAUUAUCUUCCAAUAUGAGGAUUAAUAAACCGUUUUUUGGAAUUUCAGUAAUCAUUUCGUUACAAAUAAAAUAUAUAAUUAAUAGAUAUCCAUGUACCCCAAUUAAUAUUCAGACCAAACAGACGCUUUCAAACUAAAACAUUAUUGUUUCAACUUUCAGUUUGUAUUAUUUAUUCGAAUAAAUUUAUGAAAAUUUCGACCUCUCCGAGCAAAUACGCAUUAAAAUCGUACUGCCGCAAAACCCGAUACACUCUAGGUUUAAAAGCAGAAAUUAAUUAUCGCACUUUUUGGACUCAAAUAACGAAAUCGUUGUACAUAAAUAGCACAAAAGUAGACAUUCGCUUGUAUUCAUCCUCUUUAAUCGAGUAUACACGUGGUAACUCUCCUGUGCUGCAGAGUUUUGUGCCUUUAAAUCCUGUUGCUCCUUGUAUAGCGAUUUUAAACAUAACCGGACCUCCUGUUGGCAAUUGACAAGUAAACACGUUGAAGAACGUUGAAUGUUAUUGAAAGUUGAUAGAGAAAUUUUAAGCUAAUUAGCGCUAUAAACGCAUAAUAUUAAAACAAAAUAUUACUUAAGAUAAAAUAUAAAUUAUAAAUCCUGUUAGUAAAAUCCUGAGCUUUUAUAAAUAUGUGUAUAUUGUCCCAAUUCUUCCUUGUACCUUUACAGAUUAUAACUUAUAAAAUAUAAUUGUUACCUGUACGCAUUAAACUUAAACUUAAUUUUUAUAUGACGAAUUGUAAUAAAUGGUAGUACGUAAGUUAAGAAAAAUGCGAAAUUGUUGGACAACGGAACCGCUUGACAACGUGACAAUGAAUUUGAAUAGUUCAAUAGAAUUGUGAUAUGUAUCAUUUUAAAUUAAUAUGUAUCGAAAGAGUGGUGAACAUAUUGUUUAUCUCUCCUAAUUUGUAUGAAAAUGAAAAAUGUAUAAUGAAAACUGCCUAUUAAAUAAACUGAAUCGAACAUAAAAAACCUUA